CUUCGGUUUCAUACUUCUUCUUUUUGCGUAUAAAAGCGACUGGCCGGGAAUGAGUUAGGCAUAUUAAGUUCACUACUUGCACUGUUAGCAAUCAAAAACCAACUCUCAAACCAAAAUGGCCAAAUUCAUCAUUGUUCUCUUCGCUGUUGUUGCCUGUGCCGCUGCCAAGCCCGGUGUUCUUGCUCCAUUAGCUGCAGCACCAAUUGCUGCUGCUGCUCCUUUGGCUUACUCUGCACCUUUGGCUUAUUCUGCACCUUUGGCUUACUCAGCUCCUUUGGCUUACGCCCCAGCACCAUUGGCCUACAAUGCAGCUCCUCUUGCUUCUGAUGGAAGUAGCCGCAUUGAUAUUCAAAACAACUACGCUUUUGCCGCUCCAUUGAGGUAUGCUGCUCCAGCUGCCAUUGCUGCUCCAUUGAGAUAUGCCGCUCCAGCAGCUGCUUUUGCUGCUCCAUUAAACUUGGCUGCUCCUUUGGCUUACAGUGCUCCAAUUGCUAAAGUAGCUGCUCCAGUUCUUUUGUAAUAAAAUUCUUUAAAAGAAAUAACAACCACUGACUGAGAAAAUGACUGAUGAAAAAAUAAAAUUAUUACGAGUAUUAAAAAAA